AUGGCUAGGGUGGGCAGCCAGGCCCAAGCUACAGCUGUUUUUGAGAACACCAGGGAGCUCCCCCCUCAGGUUCGUGGUGUGGCUCGCCCUUUUGUUUGGGCUGCAUCCGAAAGCAUAUACAUUUGCUGUGAUUAUGAAAAUGUGGCAAGAGUCCACUUUAAAAAAAAUGACCAACCCUCCAUUCAGAGGGAGGCCAUAAAAAUUUUAGAGUCUCUGCUUACCGCUGAUGUGCCCCCCCUCUCUACUCCCUCGACUGAUGGUUUGUUCUCCCACAUCCCGUCCCUGAUCUCUGUGGAAGACAAUGAGAUGCUUCUUCGCAGCCCCUCCAUUGAAGAGGUUAGAGACGCGGUCCUUAAGAUGCCCAAAGAUGGGGCCCUCGGCCUAGACGGUCUGUCUGCGGCCUUCUUUGCUAGGUGUUGGUCCAUUAUUGGGGGAGAUGUUCAUGCGGCAGCUGCUGAUUUUUUCAGUGGGGGCGCCCUGCCUAGGACUUUCACUUCUACCCUGGUCUAUUUAGUUCCAAAAAAAUUGGGGGCCAAAUCCUUCUCUGACUACAGACCUAUCAGCUUGUGUAACGUCGUUUAUAAAAUCUUUGCGAACAUAAUAGCUGGUAGACUGGCGGUCUUGCUUCCUAAGAUGAUUUCCUUAGAGCAAGGGGCCUUUGUUAGAGGCCACUUUAUCACUGAGAACAUUGCCCUCUGCCAAGAGGUGUUAGAGACGUUGACAGAAGAGUUUAUGGGGGCAACAUUGUUGUGA